AUGCGGACUUUAUCAUGUCAGUCUUGCCGCCGUAGAAAGAUUAAAUGCGACAGAAAGUCACCUUGUACGAACUGUAUACACUUAGGUGAGCAGUGCAUUCAUAAAGAUUUGGAUAAUAGGAAAAAACGACACCCCCAUAGCUAUGUUCAGGCGCUAGAAAGUCAGCUGGCAACAUUAGAAUCAUUCCUUAAGAAGGUUAAGGAUGCUCCUACGAACGAACGGCUGAAAAUGCUAGAAUCGGUUACGUUUGCGGAUCACCUCAGUUGUAAUGGGCGCGACAGCGAUGCUGUUAACGUGCCAAAGGAUGAUUCAAUUGAUUUUCCUAUAUCGCUAGAUAUUCGAGGUCCAAACACCAUAACGUUCUAUGGCCCUACAAAUGUUUAUGGCUCCUCAUUACGCCCCUCUUCUGUUGAUGCGCCAUUUCAGGUGAGACAACAUCCAAUGUUUUCCCCCGCUAUCACCUAUUGCUUGAAACUAUUUUUCAAAUGGCAAUACACACAGUUCAUGUAUAUUAAUAGAGAAGCUUUUCUCUUGGAUUAUUAUCAUCACUAUCAUGAUGGUAGAUACUGUUCAGAACAUUUGCUAUACGCAAUGUGCGCGUUGGGAAGUCGAAUGGCUCCUGAACCGGAGGUGGUUAACUCCUCCGACAAAUAUUAUAGAUUAUCUUGGGAUACUUUAAUGGAAUAUGGCUUAGGAAGGCCUCAUAUUACUUCAGUCCAAUGUUUGUUAUGCUUGGGAUUCUAUGAUAUUGGUAUGGGAAACAACUCUCUCGGAUGGCUAUUAUCAGGAUUAGCUUUUCGAAUGGGACAGGACUUAGGAUUCCAACUGGAUCCGAGAAAAUGGUUUAUGAAUGAAAUUCCUGUUAUUUCAGCCGAGGACGCUGCUGUAAGAAGCAGAAUCUAUUGGGGAAGCUACGUUGCAGAUGUUUUUAUUAGCUUUAUCCUAGGAAGACCAACAACAUUAAAGAAAUCUGAUACGAGCAUCCCUGGAUCUGUAAAUUUACCUGACUUUGAUGGAAUUGAUGAAUUUAAGUGCGAUUUGGGGCCUGCUGCUAAACCUGCAACUCUUUUUGUUAUGCUUCUUUUGUUGGUGGAUCUCAGUCAUAUCGCUGAUGCUAUCUUAUUUGAUGUAUUCUCCCCUAGUGAUCUUCCAUAUGGUAUCAAUGCUAGACUUCAAAACCUAGGGAAGUAUAAUUUGGAAUUGAUGAAAUGGUAUUUAAAGCUCCCAGAUGACGUUCGUUGGAAGAAGAGCGAUCUGAAAAGUCAUGGACAAAAUCCAGAUAUGCUUGCUGUAUGUCUUUACUAUUAUCUUAUCCGGAUUUGCCUGAAUCGUCCAUUUCUAGCAAGAAAAGAAGUCACAUCUAAUGAUAUGACUUCAAAGGUGAUUUGCUUGGAUUCUAUGGAAGAUAUCAGUCAGCUUCUGAAAGCUUACCGAGAUGCUUUUGGCUUCGAGUCGGCGUCCUUAUUUAUGGUAUAUGCCGCAAUAGUAAGCUGUAGCGUACUCAUUAUGUUAAGGAAUUCUUCAGUACUAUCUGAACGCUUAGACAUUGAAGAAAAACUGAAGUUUUUCGUAAUGGUUUUGCAAAAAUCAUCGAAAUCCUGGAAGCUAGCUGCCAAAUCCCUUACAUUGAUUGAAACUAGUUUGAAGGACGAGAGUAACUCCGCACCUGAUGAGAGUUUCUCACUUCCUAAUUUGAACUCAAGGAUUGUUCCGGAAGAAAUUCCCAUAUUCAACUACCUUGAUGAGACAAUCAAGAAUGAAUUUAUUGACGGCCAGUCAAGUCUGGAUAUCAAUAAUGAAGAAUAUCGAUCUUUUUUCGGAGGACCUCCUGUUUUUAUGACAUCUGCAUCUCAUAAUAAUCUGUAG